UAGCUAGCAGAUCAUAUCGCCCUCCGAUCGAGUCUUGCUAAUCGGUGAUCAGCUACGUACGAACUGCAGCGAGCAGCAAAAUAUAUGUAUGGGGGACAAUCAAGUCUGCGUCGUCUGCGUACAGCAGAGGUGCCACCCUCCCGCGGCUGAUCACCACAGUGGACGGACGUAUCUUUCCUAUAUGUAAUCUUCUAUAUAUGCUUGGUAACGCAUGCGCAACAACUCUGGAAUGAUUGGGAGAUCCAAUGCUUGGUGGUGGUGAGCUUCUCCUUGCAGGUGUUCCUCCUCUUCGCCGCAGUCUUCCGAAAGCGUUGCCGGUCCCGUGUGCUCAGCGUGCUACUCUGGCUCGCCUAUCUGUCAGCCGACUCUGUGGCGGUCUUUGUCCUCGGGCGACUCACGCUCUUGGGUGACAAUCAGCAGCAGCAUCGGCUGGUGCUCUUCUGGGCGCCCUUCAUGCUGCUCCAUCUCGGCGGGCAGGAGACCAUCACGGCCUUCUCCAUGGAGGACUGCGCGCUAUGGAAGCGACACCUUCUGACCCUUACCGUCCAAAUGCUGAUGGCAAUCUACGUUGUCAGCAAGCAGUGGAGAGGUGACAAGUGGCUGGCGGUUCCCACAGCGAUCAUGUUCGUUGCCGGGACGACCAGAUACGCCGAGAGAAUAUGGGCACUCAGGAGGGCCCAAUCAACAUCGCUGGAGAGCAGUGAUAUGGAGUUCUAUGCCCCAAGCGCCGAGUACGAUUUCAAUACACACUCCACUGAUUACUACAGCAAGCUGUCAUCCAUCAUUUCAGAUGAGCAGGAGAGGAAUUUCGAGCGAAUCGUGGAGGUGGCCACCAAGGGCUUCAGGCUAGGCUUGGACUUCUUGAUGGACGUGAUCCCUCCAAGACCAGCCUACUGGUAUCAAGGGGGAACAGAAUUAUGGGGUGGUGGUGAACCUUUAGACAGCCUAGUUGACAUGGCGUACAAGUUAGCCGACAUCCAUCUCUCAAUGAUAUACGACUACUUCUACACCAAGUUCGGAGGCGGCCUCGUGGUGGGUUUAUUGUGCCGCAUCACCACGCUCGCCCUAAACUGUAUUGCUCUCUCUCUGUUUCUUGUAUCCAGGCUUGAUCAUCAUCUCAAGGCGGGGAGCAGCUACAAUAUAGCUGACGUAACGAUAUGUUACAUAUUGCUUGUCGGCGCUUUCACAUUGGAGAUAUCAUCUGUCUUGCUGUGGCUCAUGUCUUCAUAUUCAACAUGGAAUCUUUUACGAAAGCAUCUCCAUCCGGAAAGCAGCAGAAUAGAGUGGUCAGGGGAGCUACAACAGUAUAACAUGAUCGACGAGUGCAUCCAUGAGAAAAAAGCAGGACGGCAGCUGGGACGGGUGAUGCGUCUCGUGGGCAUUGGGCGAGCCUGCAGUACCAAACCUGUCAAGGUAUCUACCGAUGUGAAGAGGCUAAUCCUUGAUAAAAUGCUCAAGAUAUGGGCCACUUCAACAAGUGCAAACAAGCUGGACUUGACCAGAUUCCAUGGGGAGUGGGCACAACGGUGGGUCAAAAGGUAUUACCACCAUGAAGCUCCUCCUCCCUUCGAGUUUACUGCUGGUACAAGUGAUGAGGAGCAGGCUUCUGCAUCUCCAAGUGCCAGAGCUCAACGAGCACUUUGGAUUAGUCGGAUCCAAGAUUUGGGUUUUGUGGCAAGUGUCUUUAUUUGGCACCUGGUGACCGACAUAUGCCUAGAGGCCGACAGUACUAGAGUUGCUGAAAAGUUGACGAACUCAAGCUGGGAGUUGUCAAAUUACGUCAUGUACCUCGUCGUCAAGUGCAAAGCCAUGGUCAGUAAAUACGAGCGUGACAGUCUCAGUUAUAGUCGAGAGCAAGUGAUGUGGCCUGUUAUCUUAGACCGCCCAGUUGAUCGGAGUGAGUUUGUCGAGAAUCUCCUUUCCGCACGGCAUCAUGAUGUGCUUGGUGAUGCUAUCGAUGUGUCGUCAGAAUUGCUUAAAAUGGAGGAAGCAGCUGCUCGCUGGGACCUUAUCUCGACGGUAUGGGUGGAGAUGAUUUGUUACAUGGCGCACAACUGUGGUGUUGCUUUUCACGCGAAGCAGCUAUGCGCUGGUGGGGAGUUGGUCACCCAUGUCAAGAUGCUCCUUAUGAUCCUAAGAUUUCCUGUGUAGUUUAAAUACAAAAAUAAUUGUUGCUAUAUAUACUUAAAACAUAUCCAAGCGUUGCAACAGGAAAUAAAUAUUCAUUUUUUAUGA